UUUUUUUCUCUAUUAAUGAAUGGGCGUAAGCCCCAAAAUUUCCCAAAAAAAACCUGCUGCCGCUUGGCUCACUUACAACCUCUAAGUAAACAUUUCGAAAGAUUACCUGGGAAUAACGUCUACAUUCUCAACCGGUGGAGGGCGGCGCCUAAUCGGAAGCAGUUUGUUCGAAGGGUGACCGGCAAUCCGAGGCAUGCGAGAAUGCUAUCGUUACCGUUCAGUUCAUUCCCGCCGCCAUCUGCCGCUGGCGGUGUACCAGCUGGCAGUCAACUCCCUCUUCCAUGCCCUUGGCUUCCCUGUUCCACUCAACGAAAGAGUAACCACCGAUUGGAUCUUCACGUCUCAAAAAUCCUGGGGGGAACAACCGUUUUAUCUUCUUCAUUUGGCGAGGUUUCUCCUGUUAGUACCUUCACUGCAAGACAAGCGGCCGUCGCCGAAUUGAAGGAAUCUGCAGACUUGGAAGCUACUCUCUCUAGGGUGAAGGAAAUACUGCGAGUUCAGGAUUUAAACAUCAUUUUGCGAUAUUUUGGGGAGUUACGAAGGUGGAUAGAAGUUAAUCAGCUUUUUGAUUGGAUGCAAAAGGCUGAGAUGCUUAACUUUGCAUCUUAUAGCAGUUUUAUCAAAUACAUGCGAAUAAGCCGUAAUCCUAUGAAAGCUCUUCAAGUUUAUGAUAGUAUUACAGAUAAGUCAACAAGAGUAAACCUGUCCAUUUGCAACUCUAUUCUUGGCUGUAUGGUACAAAAUGGAAGAUUUAAAAGCAGUAUGAAGUUGUUCUGUAAGAUGAAGGAUGAUGGUUUAUUGCCUGACUUGGUCACAUAUAGUACGCUGUUGGCAGGUUGUGGCAAAGAGGCAGAUGGAUAUGCAAAAGCAAUACAAUUAGUCCAUGAGCUUGAGAGCAGCGGCUUUAACAAGGAUGCUGUAAUCUAUGGCAGCCUUAUAGCAAUUUGUGCUUCAAAUAAUCUUUGUAAAGAAGCAGAGGAAUAUUUUAAGCAGAUGAAUGUUGAAUGCUGUGCUCCUAACAUAUUCCAUUACAGUUCUUUGCUAAAUGCUUAUUCUGUAAGCAGAGAUUAUGUGAAGGCUGAACAAUUGAUAAGGAAUAUGAAAUCUUCAGGAAUUGUGCCAAAUAAGGUUAUUUUGACGACUUUAUUAAAGGUUUAUACUAGAGGUGGUCUUUUUGAGAAGUCACGUGAACUUUUAGCUGAAUUAGAAGCUCUUGGUUAUGCUGAGGAUGAGAUGCCGUACUGUUUAUUAAUGGACAAUCUUGCAAAGGCUGGGUGUAUGGGAGAAGCAAGGGAAGUAUUUAUAAAGAUGAAAGAGAAAAGGGUGAAAUCAGAUGGUUUUGCAUACAGUAUCAUGAUUUCUGCAUUUUGUCGAGUUGGGCUGCUCCAAGAAGCAAGGCAACUUGCUAAGGACUUUGAGGACAAUUACGAAAAAUAUGACCUUGUUAUGCUAAAUACCUUGUUGCGGGCUUACAGCAAUGCUGGAGACAUGGAAAGCGUGAGGAAAAUGCUAAAAAAAAUGGAUGAUCUUGCAAUAACUCCGGAUUGGAAUACAUUCCAUAUCUUAAUCAAGUAUUUUUGUAGAGAGAAGCUAUUUCAUCUUGCUUAUCAAACUAUCGAAGACAUGCACAGCAAAGGGCAUAAAUUAAAUGAG